AUGCCUUCUUCAAGACGAGGAGACUACCCGAGCAGUCUGUAUCCCGAGGUCGGAUCGUCGACGUACCGAUCUGGCUACGGCAGCGACGACAACAUCUCCAGCGGAUAUUCUGCUCGAAGGGAUCACGAUAGCAAUAGCGAUCAUUAUCGCGAUUACCGGUAUUCCGAGGAUGGAGGCGGCGACGGUGCGCGAAGUAGGCGUCCUCGCCACGACGACCGAAACGAAGGCUUUUCUCGUCGAGACGACUCUCAGCCGCGCAAAGAGGCGAAUCGCAGCCAAUCCUCCCGUCGCCAUCAAGACAGAAACAACAACAACCGAACAACAAGAGACAGAGAAAGAAGAGGAGAUUCGAGGAGAAACAGUACUGCUAGCACUAGUAGCAGCGGGCGCAUCUGGGAACGCAUCCUCCCGCCCGACUUCCGCCCCUCGCAAGCCGACCCCGACGAGCGCCACCGCAGACGGAGCAAAGAGAAAGAGUGCGAGGGCUUCGACUGGACGCCCGGCGUGGUGCUCGCGCUGCUGGGGGCCGCGGCGCUGUUUAACCAUGAGAGGUCGCUUGUGAGGAGGCGGAAGAAGGACUAUAUCGAGCGGUGA